GCGACACCCGAAUUCGACAUCUGCGGUGGUAUACUGUUCGAAUUGUUCUGCAGCAUGACAUUGUAUUCGUUGAACAGACACGCACGCACACGCACAUGCACACACAUGCACAUACACGCUCUUAGACACACAUACAUACAGAGACACACACACACACAUGCAUACAGAAGCCAACAAACGAUAACACCAUGCACAUUAAAUGAAAAAUUGUAUGUAAUUCUUCAUUGAAUAUAAGCAAAGGAUAAAUUAACGGAAAUGAAAGUGGACGAAAAACAUCUGGCCCCAGGCCAGAUGCGAACCCACGCCUUCGUAUUACAUGUACGAUCCUCUUGCCAAAUGAGCCACGGCGGCGCCGCACGGAUGGUUUUAUGCGCACGUGUUGCUACUUUAGACAAAGUGUGUCGACCACUCAUUAGCGAUGAGCUCGGUAAAAAAAAAAAAAAAAAGCCGCUGUGCUCUUGUUGGAAUGUAGGACUCGUGCCUGAGGAAACCGCCAUGCCGGAUCGUCGACAAGGACGGGUGCACCGUUUUCGAGACCAUGUCGUCGCCGGCGUCAACUGGCGACCGACGCGAUUCGUCGACGAGGUGCCCAAUUCACGUGUGUGCUGCCUCUGCCACAUGAUUCCAAAAGAGACGGCGUUGUUGCCGUGCUCCCAUGCAAUGUGCCAAUCUUGCUACGCAGCCAGUCGGGAAGGGGACGUUGGACAGUGUCCACUGGAUCAAGUGCAAUUUGCUUAUUCGGAGUGCUUCGGUUAUGAAUUCCCCACAAGGAUAGCUAAUACCUUGAAGGUGUACUGUUGGAACGAAGAGCACGGCUGCGAGUACACGGGCACCAUGGACCGCAUGCUGAAACACUACGAGAACGAGUGCACAUUUCACACCGUGGAAUGUUUGCGAUGCGGCGAGGGAGUCCAGCACAGAGACCUGCCAACGCACUACGUGGCCGGAUGCAACGCCAGUGUCUCUUCCGCGAUCACAGAGUGCCCGUCCUCGGAACUUACAGCACUGUCCCUUGAAGACGUGAACGCUGAUAUGAAAAACCUGAAGGCGAUGUUGGGCGAUCUCAUGCACGACUUGCUGAUACCAGUGAUGCAGAGUCAGUUGAAUGAGCUUACGGAAGAAAUCAGAAGCCAGGAAGCCAGAUUUGCUGCGAUCACUCGCGAGAUCGGAGCAUCCGUGGGCAAUUUAAAUGGUGACAUGGAUCAAAUCACCGCCACGAUUUCAGCGACCGUGUCGCCCCAGCCGACUUGUCUGCAAAAUCCGGAGGAGGAAGCCAGCACGUCAACGUCGCUGUCGUUGCGCUCGGAACACCAUCUGAUACUUCGCAAGUUGGAACGCUUAGUCGACAUGCAACUGUCGCGGAAAACAUCCCCGAAACCUGAGUCCAGCCGUGUAAUUGCUCAUUGUAGCAUUUUGGAGGGUGAAUGUCGCCAUUUAUGUAGUGCGCUGUCAACCACAGCUGCGUGGACUAAAGAACUUGUUUUCGUGAAAUAUGAGCUGAUCUUGAAAAACUGUGAGGAAAUCAAUCAGUAUCAGGGAAGGAGGAAAAAGUUUGCUGAUAUUAUGGUGUGGCACAUGAGGGACACGUACUUUACGGUUACCGUCUUCAAGUGCUGUGGUUCUUAUGCAUCUACUCUCACUGUGGAGAUUGAGUUUAACGGGAUAUUGGUAGACUCGAGGUGCCGGCCGCCUUUUUGGUACGUGUGCAUGCACGAAAAUUCAAAAAGGGUUCAUUGGCUGACUCCCCGUGCCAUACCUUGUUUAUGCAGCCGCUAUGAUGACUCAUUGCAACACUUUCACCUCGAAUUCCAUAUAGAGAUUGCCUCGCUGAAUAUUGACAAUUUCCUCCAAAACGGAGAGAUGGUGUUCAGCAUUAUGCUCAGCGUUAAUGAAGAGGAGAAUGUGUACUGCAUUGCUGGAUCGUCCUUGCCAUUUCUCAUGCGUGUGACAUGAGCUUAGCGAAGUUUUGAUGUUCUUUCUGAUAAAUAAAGUUGGCUCUGCGAAA